GUUUGACAUGGAAGUGUCCGAGGACCCCCCUCCGGGCGGCUGUUCAUUUGCACACGGUGCAGACAGAACAGAGUUAGUCACAAGGCGGCAUCAAGUAUUUCACUUGCGUUCUGGGUGUUUGAGAGGAUGUUGAGACACUUUCCACAGAGGAGCUGAGAAGAAGCCAGAAAGAAACAGGAAACAGAUUUUAAGCCUGUCGAAUGAGGACUUGCCCGCACUUUCCUAUAAAUUACUUUUUUUAAAUAGGCUAUACUAUAUAUAUAUAUUCUUGAUAGUUUAUUUUAUUUAUUUUUUAUUUAAAAUAUUUUUUGAUUGUUUGUUCCGGGACUAUUUAGUUGAGGCUGAUUAAGACAUCAGUCAUGUUUAAGAGCAGGAAUCCGGAGAAAAGUCACCUGGUGAAAGAGGCGAGGAACAGCUACAGCAUGGGGAGCCAUGAGCCAUUACUGAAAGACAGCAUGAGUGGCAUCAAGCAUUGCCAUGACAACAGCCAUGCCCAGGAGGACAGAGAGUCGGAGAAGAAAGUGGCCAGGAAGAGGCUGUACACCGUUUCUGUCAUCUGUCUGGUUUUCAUGAUUGGUGAGAUCCUCGGUGGGUAUUUUGCGGGCAGCCUUGCGGUGAUGACGGAUGCUGCCCACCUGAUGGUGGACUUCACCAGCUUCAUCAUCAGCAUCUUGUCCCUUUGGCUCUCGUCCAGACCGGCCACACACAAGCUCAGCUAUGGCUGGCACCGCGCAGAGAUCUUGGGUGCUCUGCUGUCAGUUUUUACCAUCUGGCUGGUAACAGGAGUGUUGGUGUACCUGGCUGUGGAGCGCCUCAUCAGUGAUGAGUACACCAUCGAGAGCACUAUCAUGCUCAUUACUUCUGGUUGUGCUGUGGUGGCCAAUAUUAUCAUGGCAGUCACUCUUCACCAGUCAGGCCACGGACACAGUCAUGGUGGGCUCAGCUCACACGGCCACGGCCACAGUCACAACGGGCAAAGCUCACACGGCCACGGCCACAGUCACAAUGGGCAAAGCUCGCACGGACACAAGACUGUAAAAUACGAUCCGGUCUCAAACGGCACCCACAGCACUGACGACUCUGAAGACAUAGAGCAAAAUGAUUCUGAUCAUCAACGGAAGAGUCAGCAGGCUAACGCUAGCGUGCGAGCAGCUUUUGUGCACGUGGUUGGAGAUCUUCUGCAGAGCGUCAGUGUGCUCGUCAGCGCCAUCAUUAUCUUCUUCAAGCCUGAAUACAAGAUAGCUGACCCCAUCUGCACCUUCCUGUUCUCCAUCCUGGUCCUAUGCACCACCUUCACCAUCCUGAGAGACAUCCUUCUCGUCCUGAUGGAAGGUACUCCGUCGGGGGUGAAGUACAGCGAGGUGCGAGACCGCCUGUACGCGGUGAAGGGGGUCAAGGCCGUCCACAACCUCCACAUCUGGGCCCUCACCGUGAACCAGGCUGUGCUGUCUGCGCAUGUGGCCAUAGAUGAGUCGGUGGAUGCUCAGACGGUCCUGAGAGAAAUGACGCAGGCUUGCUUCUCCUACUACAACUUCCACUCCGUUACGAUCCAGAUGGAGCGGCAGGCCGACCUGAAGCCUGGAUGCAAGCUGUGCGAGGACCCCAAGAUUUAGGGAUCUGGUGACGAUGAAUGUUUUACUGUGACAUCAAUGACGAACUCUCCUGACUGUGCCUUAAGUGCUUUCAUGCUCCCAAAGAAUUAACUUGAGGUGAAAGUGAUUUUAGGGGAAAAGCUAAUUUUCCCGCGCUCCCAUGUGAAGUUGAGUCCUGUAUUUGUGCUUUUUAAAUGUAUUUAUGAAACUGAAAUCGCAAAGUGUACUCUAUGCAGUAAGUACUGGUGUCCCUGGAACCCGUCCUUGUAUAUUACUUGAUGUGUGAAGUGACCGCUAACUUAUCGUUGAGACGGUAGGUCGAGUUUCUGUUAGUUUUUGAGCAUUAACUUAUUGUGUCGACCUCAGGCUUUGGGCUCGGGCCACUGUUUGCAACGCUUGUUACAUUUAAAUACAGAUUCCAUUUAUUUAUACAGGAUACAAACACUUUUUUUCUCUUAGUUUGCACAGUUAUAAGUUACAAGCUCAAUGAAUUAUUCAAUAAAAUAAAACUUUUUCAGUCUUAAAA